ACCGCUUCCGUCUUUCUCGACGCCACCUCUUCCAAUCACCAACCGAUCUCUCUCUCUCUCUCUCUCUCUCUCUACAUAUAAAGCUUCAUUUGUCUCUGGAUUUGAACAUCCAAUCGCUCGCAAAUCUCGGAAAUACCGCUCCCUUCCCCCCCCCCUCUCUCUCUCUCUCUCUCUCUCUCUCUCUAGAUGAUCCUUCCUCUGUCCAGUUCCUCUGUCGCCGCCGCGCUCCGCCGCGUCCCCGCCGGCUCCGGCACCUCGCCGACGAUCUGACUCGACUCUCGGGAUAAGUUCUUCCCACAUGCAUCCUUUCUGCUGCGUCACCACGGUCUCCGAUCAGCAAGCCCCGGCCGCCCUGCCCUCUCACUUCCCCAUGGCCGCCGGCGCCGGCGCCGGCCCAGGCCAGGCCAGGCCCGAUCCGCCCGCGCGAUCCGCCGACCACGCCCGCGUCGAUAACCGCCCCAACGGCGAGCACCGGGGGGGUCACCGGCCGAGCGUGGCCCCCGCCGCCGCCACCGCCGGGGCUGCCGCGGCGCCUGGGGCGGUGGCGCGGGCGGCGUCCGCGAGGGAGGAGCCGGCGGUGGACGUGAAGAUACACGACAUCGUGGGGAACGGGAUAUCGGGGAUACUGUACAAGUGGGUGAAUUACGGCAAGGGAUGGAGGAAGAGGUGGUUUGUGCUGCAAGACGGCGUGUUGUCGUAUUAUAAGAUCCAUGGCCCUGAUAAGAUCGUCGUUAAUCAAGAGACCGAGAAAGGAUCGAAAGUUAUUGGUGAGGAAUCCUUGAGGAGGAUCUCUCGGCCGUCGACGGCGGGGCCAUCGCAGCUUCGGCGCAAGCCCGUCGGUGAAGUCCAUCUCAAGGUCUCAUCCAUCCGCGAAAGCAGAUCGGAUGACAGGAGGUUUUCAAUAUUUACUGGAACAAAGAGGCUACAUUUAAGAGCAGAGACUCGAGAAGAUCGACUUGCUUGGAUGGAAGCACUGCAGGCUGUCAAGGACAUGUUCCCUCGAAUGUCUAACAGUGAGCUCAUGGCCCCGAUGGAUAAUGCAAUUGUUUCCACAGAAAAGUUGAGACAACAUCUUCAGGAAGAGGGUGUUCGUGAAGAUUUAAUCCAGGAAUGUGAACAGAUCAUGAGGAACGAAGCUGCAGCUACGCACAAUCAGGUGUUGCUUCUCAAGCAGAAGCAGUGGCUACUAAUUGACACUCUCCGGCAGUUAGAGACAGAAAAAGUUGAUCUGGAGAACACAGUCGUUGAUGAGAGCCAAAGACAGUGGAAUGGUCACGAGGCUUCUUCUUUGAGGCAAAAUAAUUCCAGUGCAGAGGCAAGUGCAAGCGAAUCUGAUGAUGAUAAUGAAAGAGCAGAUGCUGCAGAAGAAGAAACAGAGGAUGAGGACAAUGCCUUCUUUGAUACUCGGGAUUUUUUGUCAUCUAGUUCUUUCAAGAGUAGUGGGUCUGAUUUGCACAGAUCGUCUUCUUCAGACGAUGAACGCCUCCGCAUUGCUGAAUCUGAAGAUGAUAUUGAUCCUUCUAUAAGAUCAGCCGGGUUGAAUUUUCCAUAUGUCAAGCGACGCAAGAAAUUGCCUGAUCCUGCUGAGACAGAGAAGGGUGUCAGUCUUUGGUCUAUGAUAAAGGAUAACAUAGGGAAGGACCUCACGAAAGUCUGUCUUCCCGUUUACUUCAAUGAGCCUCUUUCUUCUUUACAGAAAUGCUGUGAGGAUUUGGAAUAUUCUUAUCUCAUUGACCGGGCAAAUGAAUGGGGGAAGAAGGGUAACAGCCUUAUGAGGAUACUUAAUGUGGCUGCUUUUGCCGUAUCUGGAUAUUCUUCAACUGAAGGAAGAAUUUGCAAGCCGUUUAACCCAUUAUUAGGGGAAACAUAUGAGGCUGAGUAUUUAGAUAAAGGCUUUCGUUUCUUCUCAGAGAAGGUCAGCCAUCAUCCCAUGAUUGUCGCAUGUCACUGUGAGGGUACUGGCUGGAAAUUCUGGGGAGAUAGUAAUUUGAAAAGUAAAUUCUGGGGUCGUUCAAUACAGGUUGAUCCCGAUGGUGUUUUGACCUUGCAAUUUGAUGACGGUGAAGUUUUCCAGUGGAGUAAGGUGACAACAUCCAUAUACAAUCUCAUAUUGGGAAAACUUUAUUGUGACCAUUAUGGAACUAUGCGCAUACAAGGCAAUCAUGACUAUUCAUGUAAGUUGAAAUUCAAGGAGCAGUCUAUCAUCGACAGAAAUCCUCACCAGGUACAUGGUAUAGUUCAAGAUAAGAGUGGGAAGACGGUGGCAACUUUAUUUGGAAAAUGGGAUGAAAGCAUGCAUUAUGUAAUUGGAGACUGCUCUAGGAUGGGGAAAGGAUCUGACUCGUUAUCUGAAGCACGCCUACUAUGGAAACGUAGCAAGCCUCCUAAAUAUCCUACAAGAUACAACUUAACGCGCUUUGCCAUAACACUGAAUGAGCUUACCCCUGGGCUCAAGGAGAAGUUGCCACCUACUGACUCAAGGCUUAGACCUGAUCAGAGAUAUUUGGAGAAUGGGGAGUAUGAAAUGGCAAAUUCAGAGAAGUUGAGGCUUGAGCAGCGUCAACGGCAGGCUCGGAAGAUGCAAGAGAGGGGCUGGAAACCACAGUGGUUUGAGAAGGACAAGGCAACUGAUACCUACAAGUACAUUGGUGGGUAUUGGGAGGCGAGAGAGCGUGGAAUUUGGGAAUCGAGUCUCGAUAUCUUUGGCCAAGUUCCUUCAGAGCAACUAGAAUAAGAGCUCGCUCCACGCCACGCCACGCCACACCCCCCACCUCGUCUCUUCUUCAAGUCGUUGAUUCUUUCUCAAGUUUUCUAAAUGGCUGUCAAUUGACAACUCUGAACAACAGUUUUUUGGUCCAUGUGAGUGCAUGAGGUUAGAAGCUAACAAAAGAAAGCAGCGAAGACUAUUAUGCCAUAGUGAUUUUUACCAUGCCAAGAAAGAAGCUCUUGAUUUUUAGUUUGAGAUUUUAUCAAGCCUCUGCUAGUUGAUUGGUUGCUCAACAUCCAUUCGAUGCCCUUCCAACUAAUGUUUGCCUUUGGAGUUGUCCAUUGUAACUCCUCCGUUUCUUUCUUCUUUUUUUCUUUUUCCUUGUUACUGUUUUUCAUGUAAAGUGCGACCUUUUCUCUCCCUAUCGGUUUCCUCAAUUCAUAUCGCUGCUAUGUAUGUACGAUUUUUUUCUACAAAUAGUACUAUAAAUAGAGAGAGGAACAAGGACAGGUUUAUUGGUGGAUGUUAACUUGAAAAAUACAGCAUUUUGUUUA